UUCAUCACUUGACACGCACUUCGAAGGCUCGGCGCACCUCCUUACAGCAUUACUAAUGAAGGAUUAAGGCAAGCGCACAAGAACUGGUACUAUCCGAGUUGGAUAAAUUCGACUCCCUUCCCCUUCCUUGAAUGCAAAACACACAAGUUGCGGCGUGCCGUCGACUAGUUGAGAUAGUCUUCACUCGCACGCUCUGGAAGAAACGUCGCGACAAGGCUGACAGGGCAAUAAUCAACAUAAACUGGCUCACGAGUUUCCAUGCCUUGGACCUUUUAGUUUCCCAAGCAAAUGUACACCGUUAGUUUCCCAAGAAGACUGUACCAUUCAGAAGAUUCCAUUUGUAUCGAAGCAAAAAAUGAAUUGGGAUCGGACACAAACACACCGGAUAGGCUUUCCAUACAAAUCCUGGUGGUCCAUAUAAACUCAAUGGAGUUUCACAGAGGGAUACACACCCGGAAGAGGGUAUGAUGUCAUGUGAAUAACCCCAUUCUUAUGUAUAUGACCCACCGUGUCUGGUUGGAAAAACUGAAGAGGAGUUAUCCUUCUGGAGGUGAAACGGCAACGGAAGAAAAAAGAAAGAGAGAUAGUGAUACCUGAUCGACGGUCAACUCCCUCACGUUUAUAUGAGUCCGAAGGAUGGCUCUGGAGAGCGGACAUAGGGAGCUGCUGUUGAACACGCUGAAGGAGCUGGGGGAGAAAGACUUCGAGGAAUUCAGGUUCUAUACGGACCUGCCUCUAAGCGUACGGGAAAAGGACCGCCGGGCGUACAUUGCUGACGAGCUGAUAAAGAAGCAUGGCGAGAACACUCUUGACCAGACCAUCAUGCUUCUGGAGGAGAUCGGGAACAACAAUUUGGCCCAUAACCUGCGCAGUGAAAGACUGAAGAUAAAAGGCGCCGACUUCUCCGUCCACGAUGACGAUCAGAUUGCCAGAUUGAAGAGGGAGCUCCAAGACAACCUGCGGCCUUUAUACAGGUUUGCUUCUGAGGGCAACAUCGAGCGCAGGCAGCAGCAGCCCCUGGAGGACGUCUACACGCAGCUAGACGUCACCUACGGGGCAGACGUCAGCCCAGAGGGGCGGCACGAGGUCCUCCAGAUGGAGACGUGUGACGCCGCGGGCAAGCGAUCUAUCCUGCCGUGCGACAUCUUCAAAAGCCCCGACGGGAACCGGCGACCGAUACGCACGAUGCUCACCGUCGGCUUCGCGGGAAUAGGAAAAACCUUCCUGAUUCAAAAGUUUGUGUCAGACUGGGCCAGCGGUAAUACUAACCAGGACGUGGACUUCAUAUUUCCUUUCACUUUCCGCGAGUUAAACAUGGAGAAAGGGGAGAGCUUUACGUUGGCCGAACUGAUCCAAACUUUUGCCUACGGAGACAGUCACAUGCGCGAGAGACUGAACGAGAUAUUUAUCUAUCUGCAAACUUCUGGGAAGCAGGACUUUGAAAGCAGCGGGAUUAAGAUCUUGUUUAUCCUCGACGGACUGGACGAGUGCAACUUCAAAAUCGACUUGAAGAAAGUGAGGAAAGUGGACAUGGAUGUGAGGGAAACCUACCCGCUGGAGGUACUGCUGGCGUAUCUCAUCAAAGGGAAUCUGCUUCCUUGUGCCCGGGUUUGGAUUACCACGCGACCCGCGUCGGCCCCCGAUAUCCACUCCGACUUUAUCGACAGCCGAACAGAGGUGAGAGGAUUCACCGAUUCUCAGAGGUUGGAGUACUUCAGGAAAAGGUUCCCAAAUAAGGAGCACGUCAUUGAGCACAUUCGGAAAUCUCGCACCAUCUACAUCAUGUGCCACAUUCCCAUUUUCUGCUGGCUCACCGCAAUAGUUCUUCAGGAUCAUUUGGACAAAAGGAAGGAGGGAGAGCUUCCCACAACGCUGACUGACAUGUACUCAGCGCUAAUAGGUCAUCACCUAGAAAACUCCGAGGAGAGAAAUACAGCGGAGUACAUCCCUGACAUGAAAGCGCUCGCCAAGCUGGCAUUUGACCACACCAUGAAUAACUGUCAGAUCUUCUACGAGAAGGACCUGGCGGACAGCGGUUUUGAUUACGGCCAAGCUGCAAAACACUCUGGAAUAUUCACUGAGGUCUUUAAGGAGGUCCCUCCGCUCAGGAGAAAGAAACAGAAGAUGUUUCAGUUCAUUCAUCUGACCAUCCAAGAGUAUCUGGCUGCAUUGUACGUGAUGAUGAGCCUCUUCCAGGACAAAAAGAACAUAUUGGAUGAUUCAGUAUGGAAAAAAAUAUUCAUGCCUUUUAAGCAGAAGACAAUCACUGAGGUCCACAAAUCAGCUCUGCAAAAAGCCUCAGAAAGUGAAGGAAACCUGGACAUGUUCCUCCGCUUCCUCCUAGGCCUUUCCUUGCCAUGCAACCAGGAACUAGUGGGGGAACUGCUGCAGGCUCCUCAGGACUGCGGGCAAAGCAAGUCAAACACAGUCGAGUUGAUCAAGGAAAGGAUCAAACAGAACACUCCAGAAAAGAAUGUCAACUUGUUCUACUGCCUAAACGAGCUGAAGGACGACUCCUUGCUGAAGCAGAUCCAGCAGGAAUUAGCUUCAAGACGUCUGUCCUGGGAUCAAAUGUCAAAUGAAAUGUGGUCAGCCCUGGCCUUCUUCUUACUUACGGACGACAAAACCAUGAAGUCCUUUCAUCUUGCCAACUACUCCGGAUCGCCUUUGGGGCUCGAAAAGCUGCUGUUGGUGGUCAAGGCUUCUCAAACAUCAGAUCUAAGACACUGUCGCCUGGACAAAGGCAGCUGUCACCUGCUGGCUUCCGUUCUCAGUUCUCCAUCCAACCUGAGGCAUCUGGACCUGAGCUCGAACCAUCUGUCAGACGAGGGAGUCGAGAUCCUCUCAAAAGGACUGGUCAGCCCACACUGCAACCUAGAAGUCCUCAAGCUGAAAAACUGCAAGAUCACCAGUAAAGGAUGUGUUUCAUUGGCUGAGGCACUGAAGGUAACCCCCUCCCAUCUUCUAGAGCUAGACCUGAGGUGGAACAAUCUGUCGGAUGAAGGGGUUGAGAUCCUCUCGAAAGGACUGGCCAGCCCAAACUGCAUCUUAAAAGUCCUCAAUCUUUACAAGUGCGGGAUCACCAGUGAAGGAUGUGUUUCAUUGGCUGAGGCACUGAAGGUAACCCCCUCCCAUCUUCAAGAGCUGGACCUGAGCUACAAUGUUUUGUGGAAUGAGGGGGUUGAGAUGCUCUCGAAAGGACUGGCUAGCCCACACUGCAUCUUAAAAGUCCUCAAGCUGGUGGAUUGCAAUAUCACACAGCAAGGAUGCAUUUCAUUGGCUGAGGCACUGAAGGUAACCUCUUCCCAUCUUCAAGAGCUGGAACUGAGCUUCAACGGAUUAUCAGAAGAGGGGGUCGAGAUCCUCUCGAAAGGACUGGCCAGCCCACACUGUAUCUUAAAAGUCCUCAAGCUGUUAAAGUGCAAGAUAACAGGUGAGGGAUGUGUGUCAUUGGCUGAGGCUCUCAAGUUAAACCAUUCACAUCUUGAAGAGCUGGACCUCAAGGGCAAUCAAAUAGGAAAAAGAGGAGCGAGGGUCUUAUUGGAGAUCAAGGAGGAUCCCAGCUAUAGCCUGAAGACUGUCUGGAUGACUCUGGACAGCGAGCGGAAGGAGUGGAAGGAGCUGCUGUUGCAAACGCUGAUGGAGCUGAGGGAGGACGACUUCGAGGAAUUCAAGUUCUUUUCGGACCUGCCUCAAAGGGUACGUGAACAUGCCGACCGGGUGGUCAUUGCUGACGAGCUGAUGAAGAAGCACGGCAAGAACGCUCUCAAGCAGACCGUCAAAAUUCUGGAGAAGAUGGGUAACCUCAACUUGGCUGAGAUGCUGCUCAACGACAUGCUGGAAAUAACAGGUGCCGUCUUCUCCGUCCAUGAUGAUGAUCAGAUUACCAGAUUGAAGGCAGACCUGCAGGACAACCUGCGGAGUUUAUACAGCUUUGUUCCCGAGGGCAAUACCGAGCCCUGGAAGCAGCAGCAGCCUCUGGCGGAGGUCUACACCGAGGUGGACAUCACCUACGGGGCCGACGUCACGCCCAACGAUUGGCACGAGGUCCUUCAGAUGGAAACGCGUGCCGCCGCCGCCGCCAAGGAGUCUAUCCUGUCCUGCGACAUCUUCAAAAGCCCUGACGGGAAGCCGCGACCGAUACGCACGCUCCUCACCGUCGGCUUCGCGGGCAUCGGAAAAACCUUCCUAGUUCAAAAAUUUGUGUGUGACUGGGCCAGCGGGAAUGCCAACCAGGACGUGCACUUCAUAUUUCCCUUCACAUUCCGUGAGUUGAACACGGACAAAGGGAAAAGUUUUACGCUGGCCGAGCUGAUCCGACGCUACGUUUACGAGAGUAGGCACAUGAGCGAGGAGACACUGAACAAUAUAUUUGCCGAACUGCAGAUGUCCGGGAAGCAGGACUACGAAAGCAGCGGGAUCAAGAUCUUGUUUGUCUUGGACGGACUGGACGAGUGCAACUUUAAAAUGGACUUGAAAAAUCAGAUGAAAGUAGACAUAGAUGUGAAAAAACCCUACCCGCUGGAGGUGCUCCUGGGGCACCUCAUCAAGAGGAACCUGCUUCCUUGCUCCCGGGUUUGGAUCACCACGCGGCCCGCGACGGCCCGCGAUAUCCGCGCCGACCUCAUCGACAGCAGAACAGUGGUGAGAGGAUUCAGCGAUUCCCGGAGGCUGGAGUAUUUCAGUAAAAGGUUCCCAUAUGAGGAGCGCGUCAUUGAGCACAUUCAGAAAUCACGCACUAUCUUCAUCAUGUGCCACAUUCCAAUCUUCUGCUGGCUCACCGCCACAGUCCUUCAGGAUCAUUUGGACAAAGGGAAGGGAGAGCUUCCCACAACGCUGACUGAUUUGUACUCAGCAUUUUUAGGUUACCUACUGGAAAACUCCAAGGAGAGAAAUACAACGGAGCAUAUCCCUUACGUGAAAGCGCUCGCCAAACUGGCCUUUGACCACACCAUGAAUAACUGUCAGGUCUUCUACGAGAAGGACCUGGCGGACAGCGGUUUUGAUUACGGCCAAGCUGCAAAACACUCUGGAAUAUUCACUGAGGUCUUUCAGGAGGUCCCUCCGCUCAGUAGAAGCAAACAGAAGACGUUUCAGUUCAUUCAUCUGACCAUCCAAGAGUAUCUGGCUGCACUGUACGUGAUGAUGAGCCUCUUCCACAACAACAAGAACGUACUGAAUGAUUCAGGAUUGUCACUGGGAAAUAGUUAUUUGACACAGACAACAAUCACCGACGUCCACAAGUCAGCUCUCAAGAAAGCUUCGGAGAGUAAAGGACACCUGGACCUGUUCCUCCGCUUCCUCAUCGGCCUUUCCUUGCCGUGCAACCAGGAACUAUUGGGGGAACUGCUGAAAGCUCCUCAGGGCCGCGGGCAAACCAAGUCAAAGACUGUCAAGUUGAUCAAGGAGCGGAUAAAACAAAACACUCCAGAGAAGAACAUCAACUUGUUCUACUGCUUAAAGGAGCUGAAGGACGACUCUCUGCUGAAGCAGUUUCAUAAGAAAAAUCGUUUGGACGAUAUUAACUGGAACGACAUGCCAAAUGACAUGUGGUCAGCCUUGGCCUUCUUUUUACUGACAGACAACAAAACCAUAAAGUCCUUUAAGCUGUCUCUCUACGCCCCAUCGCCUAUGGGGCUCCAGAAGCUGUUGGUGGUGGUCAAGGCUUCUCAAGAAUCAAUCCUAGGCGACUGUCACCUGGACAAAGGCAGCUGUCACCUGCUUGCUUCCGUUCUCAGCUCUCCAUCGAACCUGAGGCAUCUGGACCUGUCCAGGAACGAUCUGUCAGACGAAGGGGUGGAGAUCCUCUCGAAAGGACUGGCCAGCCCAAACUGCAUCUUAGAGUUCCUUGACCUAUUCCAAUGUGGCCUGGCCAAAGGCAGCUGUCACCUGCUGGCUUCCGUUCUCAGCUCUCCAUCCAACCUGAAGCAUCUGAACCUGAGCUGGAACCAUCUGUCGUACGAAGGUGUGGACAUCCUCUCGAAAGGACUGGCCAGCCCAAACUGCAUCUUAGAGUCCCUCUAUCUAAGAGAGUGUGGCCUGGACAAAGGCAGCUGUCACCUGCUGGCUUCCGUUCUCAGCUCUCCAUCCAACCUCCGGCAUCUGGACCUAAGCAGCAACAAACUGUCGGACGAAGGGGUGGAGAUCCUCUCGAAAGGACUGGCCAGCCCAAACUGCAUCUUAGAAUCCCUCGAUCUAAGUUAUUGUGACCUGGAGAAAGGCAGCUGUCACCCGCUGGCUUCCCUUCUCAGUUCUCCGUCCCACCUGAAGCAUCUGGAACUGUCCAGCAACAUUCUGUUGGAUGAAGGUGUGGAGAUCCUCUCGAAAGGACUGGUCAGCCCAAACUGCAUCUUAUAUUUCCUUAAGCUGUCAGGGUGCAGCAUCACUCAGCGAGGUUGCAUUUCAUUGGCUGAGGCACUGAAGGUAACCCCCUCCCAUCUUCAAGAGCUGGACCUGAGCAGGAACGAUCUGUCGGGUGAAGGGGUCGAGAUCCUCUCAAAAGGACUGGCCAGCCCACACUGCAUCUUAAAAGUCCUCAAUCUGGAACACUGCGGGAUCACCAGUAAAGGAUGUGUUUCAUUGGCUGAGGCACUGAAGGUAACCCCCUCCCAUCUUCAAGGGCUGGACUUGAGCUUCAACAGAUUAUUGGACGAGGGGGUUGAGAUCCUCUCAAAAGGACUGGCCAGCCCAAACUGGAUCUUAAAAGUCCUCAAUCUGGAACACUGCUGGAUCACCAGUAAAGGAUGUGUUUCAUUGGCUGAGGCACUCAAGGUAACCCCCUCCCAUCUUCAAGAGCUGGACCUGGACAGCAACAAUCUGUCGGACGAGGGGGUUGAGAUCCUCUCGAAAGGACUGGCCAGCCCAAACUGCAUCUUAAAAGUCCUCAAGCUGUCAUGGUGCAGCAUCACGAAGAAAGGAUAUGUUUCAUUGGCUGAGGCACUGAAGGUAAACCCCUCCCAUCUUCAAGAGCUGGACCUGAGCAGGAACGAUCUGUCGGAUGAAGGGGUCGAGAUCCUCUCGAAAGGACUGGCCAGCCCACACUGCAUCUUAAAAGUCCUCAAGCUGUCAUGGUGCAGCAUCACUCAGCGAGGUUGCAUUUCAUUGGCUGAGGCACUGAAGGUAACCACUUCCCAUCUUCAAGAGCUGGACCUGAGCUACACCUAUCUGCCGGAUGAAGGGGUUGAGAUCCUCUCGAAAGGACUGGCCAGCCCACACUGCAUCUUAAAAAUCCUUAAGCUGUCAUGGUGCGGGAUCGCAGAUACAGGAUGCAUUUCAUUGGCCAAGGCUCUCAAGUUAAACCCCUCCCAUCUUCAAGAGUUGAAUCUCGGGGCAAAUCGAAUAGAGAAAGAAGGAAAGAGGGUCUUAUUGGAGAUCAAGGAGGAUCCCAGCUAUAGCCUGAAGACUGUCGAAUUUAACGACUAGGAAUAAGAACAACGUUUGGUCCUUGGCGUCAAGAAGGGCGAGUCAUUCCAAAUGUUCAUUAUGAGAAGACGUCGAGUCUAUUUGAUCUCCUUCAGAUUUAGACCAGGUGUCGGCGCUACGGACUAAGCGGUCUCGCUCACAGAAUUCGGGGAGGUCGUCGUCGGGUUCUUUGCAGCCACAUGGAGGUGGAGUUCAGGGGGAAGGUCUACGACGUUCCCACCAAACAGCUGGCAGUUUUUUUCAUCCAUUUGUACUGGGAGGGGUUGUCCAAAAGGAUUGGACUUUGAGCACCGUCAAUGGCAGCCAAUGAGUCAAUGAGAAAUCGAUAUUUAUCGGUAUCGGAUUUGCGCGUGUGUAAAUGCUGGGUUGUGACGAACAUGACAUGCUCCUAUUUUGAAAUGUUCACCGGAAGUAUGUUCGCUAAACCGCUAACAGGAAGAUUUACACUCCGCAAAAAAAAGCUCUUUUUGUCAUUGCAUGUCGUGUCAGUAAUCUUUUUUUUCUCCUUUUUUUUUGUUUACAAAUGCUGUUAAGCAGCCAUUUUUUAUAUUUGAAGCGUCACCUUUUAAACGCAAAUUUGCGUUUUGGAGGAGAUUUCCAAUGUUUUAUAGCAGGCUAAAGUAGGUUGUCUUUUUCCCUGUCAGCCUCAAUGUAGCAAUGCUAACGUUUACAGUGUUUAAUAUAGAUGUGUUUCCUUGUUUUGUAUGUCUGAACUUUAAUUCUACGGCGUGUGGAUGACCAAUAAAAAUCUGUGAAAAGAACUGCAGGCAUGAAAAUGGGUCA